ACAUGAUUGGUUUCCAUUGUCCGCAGCAGAGCAGGGUGUGUGCUGAGGGGAGGCAGUGUGGGCUGGGCCGGGGGCUGAUGGGUGUUUUUCCUCAGCAGCAUCCUUUAAAUAAUCUUGUGACAUCGCGUUUUUCGCUGAAAGAUGCUCAGGGCGGAGGAGAUGUUGAAGGAAGAGGAGGAUGAAAAUAAAUGAGAUACGAGAAGCUGCUGCUGCUGUCGCACCUGCGCUGAGGGGAAAAUUCUGGAGACCCCGCCCGAGCAAACUGGCUUCCCAACGUGGGAAAUAUGCAUUUUAAUCUCUGACCAAGAUGUCCAGAGGUAAGACCUGCGAGGCGGUGAGGGUGGUGGUCCGCUGCCGGCCUCUGAGCAGAAAGGAGGCGUCGGAGUGCGAGAGUAUCUUGGGUAUUGAUGAAAAAGUGGGCCAGAUCACCAUCCGGAACCCGAAGGCACCACCUGAUGAGCCUAUGAAAGUGUUCACGUUUGAUUCCGUCUACGGCUGGGGGUCAAAACAAAGAGAUAUUUAUGACGAUGUCGUUCGACCUCUUGUGGAGUCCGUGCUCCAGGGCUUCAACGGGACUAUAUUCGCCUAUGGACAGACCGGGACAGGUAAAACACACACCAUGCAGGGGGUCUCAAACGACCCAGACAUGAGGGGGGUGAUCCCAAACUCAUUUCAGCACAUUUUCACACAAAUAUCCAGGACUCAGAAUCAAAAAUACCUGGUGAGGUCAUCCUACCUGGAGAUCUACCAGGAGGAGAUCCGAGAUCUGCUGUGCAAAGACAACAACAAGAAACUGGAGCUCAAAGAGAGCUCAGACUUUGGGGUUUAUGUCAGAGAUCUGUCAAGUGUGGUGACGAAGAACGCCACGGAGAUAGAGCACGUCAUGAAUUUGGGGAACCAGUCCAGAUCUGUGGGGUUCACCAACAUGAAUGAACGCAGCUCUCGCUCUCAUGCAAUCUUUGUGGUAACCGUGGAGUGCAGUGAAGUGGGCCCAGAUGGUGAGGACCACAUCCGGGUGGGGAAGCUGAACAUGGUCGACCUGGCUGGGAGUGAGCGCCAAAGCAAGACCGGAGUAAAAGGGAGGCGGCUCAAGGAAGCGGCGAAGAUAAACCUGUCCCUCUCUGCUCUUGGGAACGUCAUCUCAGCUCUGGUGGACAGGAGGAGCACCCACAUCCCGUACAGAGACUCCAAACUCACCCGCCUGCUCCAGGACUCACUGGGCGGCAACGCAAAGACAGUCAUGAUCGCAACAGUGGGCCCAUCGCACAAGUACUUUGAGGAAUCCCUGGCCACCUUGAGGUACGCCAAUCGGGCCAAGAACAUCAAGAACAAGCCACGGAUCAAUGAGGAUCCCAAGGACGCCCUGCUGAGGGAGUUCCAGGAGGAGAUCGCACGCCUGAAAGCUCAGCUUGAGGAGCGAGGGAUGCUGGCGAAGGAGCGGAGGAGGAUGAGGAGGAACAGCAAAAGACUGAGUAAGAGUCUUGCUGGUGUGGAGGAGGAGAUGCUGAAAGACAGGGAUGCGUGGAAGCCCAUGGAAGAGGAAUUGGAGGUGAAUUACAGCAACAGAGACGGGAGCGACACUCCCAAGGCUUUGACCUGUCAGGGGGGCAAUGAGAAACUGAAACACCUGAGCGAAAACAGGAAGAGCAUCGUGGACAUGCAGUGGGAUCAGGACGCUCUGGAGAAGAUCAUAGAGAAGUACAAGGUACCUACUGUGUCUAAAAAUGGGAGGAUUAAGGAACAAAAAGAGAGUCACGUGAAUAAUUGAUUGUAUUUUUUUCUUUUGGUGGCAGGCUAUGGAGAGCAAGCUGCUGGUUGGAGGAAAGACAAUAAUAGAUCACACCAAUGAGCAGCAGAAAAUGCUGGAGCAGAAGAGGCAGGAGAUUGCAGAGCAGGUAUGUAGAGACAGUCAUUCAUGAAGUUUUGUUUUCAGGGACUCUACAAUGUAAUUUCCCUUACUAAUACAGGUUUUGACAUCCAGCACUGGCUGAAAACAAGCACUGCAACAACACUAGAGCAAUAACAAGCUCACAAAACAAUCAAAAAUGGUGAUCGCUGACUUUCUCCACAAAUACAACACAGUUUGUUUAUUACCAACAGAGUCAUUCAUCUCAAAAUACUUCAUUUUUAGGGGAUAUGGUUUUUAAUUACUGCAUUGACAGGAAUUUUCAACAAUAUCUAACACCACAACAUUGGAGCAACUCUUCUUUUAAGUCACUUUUUACCCUUUUCUGUAGAGACAUGAUUGCUUCAUAACCAUCUGAAUAUUUAUCUGAGUAUGUUUAAGUUCAACCACAGUUUCAACUCAAUGUAGACUCUAAAAAAGUGUCAUCAUCAUCAGCAGACAAAGUAUUUCAGUACCAAUGUUUUUAUUCCUGCUACAGUCCGGUAUUUUCAGAUUUUGAUGUUGUGUAAGUAGAUUAAAAGAGCCUUUGUUUACAUUUUCCUGGCAAAGUUAAGCUGUUGUCAUGUUUGAAAGUUAUAAAGAAACAGGAGAGGCUGCAAAACUGAGGACAAGAUUAAACUUCUACUAUGUUCUCUAAUCAAAAAGACCCUGUAUGUUGUGUCUCAUACGCAGAUUCGUCGAGAGAGAGAGAUCCAGCAGCAGAUGUUGCUGCAGGACGAGGAGACGUUAGAAAUGAUGGAGACUUUCUCCUCCCUGCAGCAGGAGGUCGAAAUGAAGACAAAGAAGCUCAAGAGGGUGAGAUGACUCAUCGCUGAUGUGUCCCAAUGACAUUACCACAUCAGCAAUCACAUAAUUCAAUUGGUCAAUCUUAUUUCUAACGGGUUCUGUUUCAUGAGAGAUACCCCAGGGAGAUGUAACACUGAUAGGUUUAUGUUUCACUAGACUGAACUCUGACUUGCUCAUCUUUUAGAGUAAUUACAUUUAUCCUUUCUGGUUUUCACGUUAACCAUCUCUACAUGUCUGUUUUAUUCUGAUACCUUGUCCAGUACAGCUUAAGCUUCAUCUGUAAUUCAUGUCCUCUUGCUGUGUGCAGUUGUACGCCAAACUGCAGCUGGUGAGGGCAGAGAUAAAAGACGUCAUCGAUGAACACGUCACAACCAGACAGGAGCUGGAACAGACACAGACUGAGCUGACCAGAGAGCUCAAGUACAAGUGAGUAACCACAGAAUCCUUUUUACAUCUGCUCGUUACCACACAUUUAAAUGUAAAGGAUUGAUUUAGAUUAAUUAAAAGACGGUUCAAAACAUUAAGAAAUUAGAGCCCAGAUAGAUGACAUAGUAAAUAAAUCUGUGCUGCUCUUAUAAAGUCGAAUAACAAAAAUGUUUCUGAUUGAUGGGUUGUUUUCUAUGACCUUAGCUGAAACACACUCACAUUUUAUGUUGCAGAUAUCUCCUGAUCGAGAAUUUUAUCCCUCCUGAGGAAAAGAACAAGAUCAUGAACAGGCUGCACUUUGACAGCGAGGAGGAUCAGUGGAGACUCCAACCGGUUCUUCCGUCAACGAGGUCAGCUCACUGAAACACAAAGUUACCGUACUCUGUGAACUCAUCACUCUAACAGCAGAAAAAUGAUAGAUUCAGGACUUAAGUUCAAUCUAGUAUAGUUGAGUGCUAUAACUUUAAUUUAGUUGCUUUAACUGCUGAUGAUAUUAAGUGCCUUUGAGAUUCAUUUACAAGCAUUAAUUUGUCCAAACUGCCAAAACUUAAACUCUAUCACUGCUAUAUUUUUUCUUUUUUCCUACAGUGGAAGUAUUUUGGGCACCCACAGUGUCAGUUUUGGUAUGACCACUAGGAGUCACCAAAUUCUGAAUAUUUUACAUAACAGACAGGCAACCUGCAAGACAUUGUAACCUUAUGUGUAGAUAAUUUGUGCUUACUGCAUGUCCAGGAAAUAGAUCUCAUUAAAUAAUCAAGAACCAGACACCCACGGUUGAACUCUUAACUAAUAAGAAAGAUGAACAGAAGACGGCACAGGGGAUAUAACUGCAUGUAUGUAGUGCUCAAAGUUCAAGAAGUUUCUGUGAGAAUAGUCUAACUAAGUCUUGAUCUGUAUCCAAAUCCUCCUUGUCUAAUGUCUUUACCUCAGUGCACCCACUCCGGUCAGGAGACGGCCUCUCUCAGCUGUGGGGUACAAGAGGCCAAUCAGCCAAUAUGCACAGAUGGCUGUUGCCUCAGCAACUGGGGCCCCGGCUAGAUACCAGGUCAGUGCUGCUCGGACAUUCACAAGGAUAGCUGGCGGAAGUACAGCAGAGGACGAGAUGUGAAAUUUUGGUCUUUGGCACCCUCAUUUGCAUGUUCACAGCCGUCUUCUCUGCUGAGGAAUGUGAAGAUGGUUGUAGCCAUGGAAACCUUUCGCACUUUAAACAGUCACAUCUUACACUGUUAAGCCAUCAAUUUCAUAUCUCAAAGUACACAAUGAACAUUUUUAAAUAGAAGCCAGCUCUUACAUAACAGCUCGGCUUAAAGAGUAUUUUGGGGUUUUUUUCUUUGAGAAAAGUUAAGCCUAAAGUUACUUGGACUGUAGCACUUCACAUAUAGUAAUAACACCAAAACUUUAAUUAGCUUAUUUUUCAAGGUAUUGACAUGUUUCAUAAUAAAAGCAGUCAAAAGUUAAACUAUCAAACAAGUAAAACACUGGAAAGACGAAACCAGAAAUCAACGUCAAUAGAAAAGAGUAAUGCUUCUUACUAGAAUGCACUUUCCUGUGUAAUUACGUAACAUAAUCUCUGAUUUAUUUUACAGGCUGAGAAUAUAAUGCUGUUGGAGUUAGACAUGUCUCCACCGACUAUGUUCACACUGAAUCUGAACGGCGCUUACAUGGAGAGAGCCUUUUCUCCCAGGCUGAUGAGAGAUCUUUUGGUAACUGCUCCUAUACGAGAGAGAAGCGCUGCAUCGUCGCCACGGGUCAGGAAAUCCAAGUCCUGGUGAGAAUAAACACAAGAAUGUAAAAAAACACAACUUUUCUUGCAUGAUUGUAGAUUCUGAAAAUUGCUCUUUUAGCGGCACUAGCAUGUUAAUUACCCUUAAGCCACAAAUACAAGUAAUGUUACCGUUACAUUACCAAAUAAACAUUUUUUACAUGCUAAUACACUGACAUAGAUUUUAUGAAGUCUCGUGAUUUUUGAAUUAUAUUUUAUUAUACUACUGUUACCAUGGAGAUACAGUGUAAAAUCUCAAAAAUGACUGUAUAAUCUGUAUUUGUUCAAUGGUCUGCAGGUAUCAAGCAUCACAAGCAGCAUCUGUCACAUCAUCCUCAUCCACCACCAAUCUGACAUCAGGAUCUCAGAGGCAAAGACCGUCUUCGGCUGCCUUUCUUCCACAGGGAGACCCAGUUCAGACAAGCCCCUGAAAAGUGUCAACACAACUGUACAAAUUGCUGGCUUUAGUUAAAGAGGCAGUGAGACUCCAGACAGGCCUAAUAUGGGCACCUGAAAUCUUCUGCCUCAAUUUAAAAUGAUUUCACUGCAUUUUAUCAUGUAUCUAUUCAAAAAAUCAGCAAGCAUGUCUUUAAUGUAAGUGGAACAAAAGCAUUGUUUUUGCUCACUGUUGCCUAGAAACUCUGUAGUUUCUCGUGGCUUAUGUCAGUUUCAACGAAUAGCACAGCAAAAACCUCGUUCUUCUUCAACCGGGUAUGACAAACUGUUAAUUAUGUGGACGAUCUCUAAAGAUCUAACCGAUUUUACGCCAUUGUGUUUUUUUUAAACCAACACUUUAUUGCCUAUUUUCUAAGAAAUAAAAAACCUGUAGAUUGUAUUCACUCGUUGCCAAAACAUUGGAGGAUGAUUGGGAGUAAUUUAAGACCCUGAGCUGUGGUGGCCGAGAACCGCCACUGCUGCAAAAAAAAAAAGAAUGCAAAAAAAAUAAGUCACAACAGAAGUUACUGAUGCAAAAAAUAAAAGUAAAAUAAAGAGAAACCGAAGCCCGCUGCGAAUAAAAAAAGAAACGGUGCAGAUUAACGACGCAAAAAAAAAGUCUAAGUCUUUCAACUUACUUCUCGGCUCAUCUUUCCGCCGUCGUUUUCUGUGCCUAGAUCCAAGAAAAAAACAAAAAACGGUGCAUCAUCAUUAUUGGUCCUUGGCAGCUCACUUCUGCUGUGGCUUUUUUAAAAUUUAAAUCCUUUUAUUUUCACAGUAACUUUUUUAUUUUUUGCAUCACCACUUUUUUUUUGCGUGAUUAACUUCUGUUGUGUUUUUUAAAAUUUAUUUCAAUCCUUUUAUUUUCGCAGUAAAUUUUUUUUUUUGCAUCACCACUUUUUUGUGUCAUUAACUUCCAUUUUGUUUUGUUUUUUUUCAAUCUGCACCGUUUCUUUUUUUAUUUGCAGUGGGCUUUGGUUACUUUUUUUUUGCAUCAGUAACUUCCCUUUUGGUUUCUUUUUUUAUUUCAAUCCUUUUAUUUUCACAGUGAGUAUUUUUUUUUUUUAUUUGCAUCACCACUUUUUUUUGCAUCAUUAACUUCUGUUGUGUUUUUUUAUUUCAAUCCUUUUAUUUUUGCAGUAAGUAACUUUUUUUUUAAGCGGGCUUUGUUUUUUUUGGGGUUUUUUUUGCAUUAUUAACUUCCAUUUCGGUUUCUUUUUUUUUUUGCAUUUUUUUUUUUAUUUGCAGCAGUGGCAGUUCUCGGCCACCAUACUGACCACUUCAGGGGGGCCAUCCUGGUUUAACCUGUAUGCUUGAUGAAUCGUUGUCAAUUAAAGCUUACUGUAAUUGUGAGCCAAAAAUGUGAAGAAAGCUUGUAAUGCACUCUUGAUUAGCUGCCUUAUGUGCUUCCAGUCCAUUUGCUUACACAUGAAAAUAAACAGACUAAAAUGGUC